UACAACGCGAUCAUCAUCAUCACGACGCUAAAUAAAUAGAAUACUUAUGAUCUGCAAUUUCCUGCGAGAGUAUGCAAUUACACUGUUACCAGUAUAAAACCUGUCUUCUAUUCUGGCUAUAUCAUUUCGCGUUUGGUCUUCGUGAAGCGGCGAGUGCAGUGUGAGCAUUAAGUGAAGUAAAUUGAGAGGAACAACUUAUAAAAAUGGUCUUAGAAACAUCGACAUGGCUGAAUCUGUGCUUCAUGGAGAAGGUCCUGAGAAAGUCAGAAAACGACAAUUCCAUCCAAGUAAUCGAUAUAUUCUCGAAACCGGCCACGAAUAAGGGUGACAAUUACACUAGUGACAUGAUCAGGGUUAAUGUUGAAUUUUCACGUGACCAAAGCGGCCGUAAAAUUACGGAAAAAAAAUCUGUCAUCUUCAAAAUCAUGCCUUCAGUUGAAGGUUUUCGUAAGAAUCUUGUUGUAAAGUCGCGUGUUUUUUACACGGAAAUGUCGAUGAUGACAGACACCUUGGACAAAAUGAACAAGUUGAUACAGCCCAAAUAUCGUUUGAGCGGAAAAGGCAUGUACAUGCAAGAAGACAAUCCAACUUUUUUGGUAAUAGAGGAUCUUGUGUCUCUCGGUUAUCGCUUGGCGUGCCGUCAUUCUGGCCUCGAUUUAGAUCAUUGUAAAUUAGCGUUGCGUGGAUUAGCCAGAUUUCAUGCAACUUCUGUAGCCAUAUGUGAGAAGGAACCAAACCAAAAAGAAAUGUAUACAAGAGGAAUGUUUAACAUCGUACAAGCGAGUGAAAUGAGUGAAUUUUUUUGUAAGGGCACUAAACAAUUAGCAGAAGAAAUGGAAAACUGGCCAGGAAUGAAAAAAUACGCCAAAAAAAUUGCUAAAUUGGUCGACCACAUAUAUAACAUAGGAAUAGAUAUGUGUAAAUUAUCCGAGAAUGAGUUCAAUGUUAUCAAUCACGGUGAUUGUUGGGUGAACAAUAUGAUGUUCAAAUAUAAUGAUGAUGGCAAACCUAUUGAUCAUGUUUUCGUGGACUUUCAACUAUGUUUCUACGGAUCGCCGGCAAUUGAUCUUCUUUAUUUCCUCAACACAAGUCCUUCCCAGGAUAUCUUUAAAGAUAAUAGGGAUACUCUGUAUAACGAGUAUCUUGAUACUUUGUCGACGACUAUGAAACAAUUAGAUUGCAAAACUCAGCCACUCACUAAGGAGGAAUUGAAGGCCAGUAUGAAGCAAAGGGCUUCCUUCGGAAUGAUAAUAUCAAUGACGGCAUUACCGCUAAUGCUGUCCGAUAAGGAUAAAGCAAAAGAUUUUGAUGAGAUUAUGAGCAAUGAUGGCUAUACUCCGGGUUAUAAGAAUGAGAAUUAUAAAAAAAUUAUGAUGAACAAAAUACCUAUGUAUGAUGAAUUGGGCUUAUUAGAUAUUUGACUUAAUUUGUCAUGAUAUAUGAUAUUAUUAUGAAUGAGCAUAGAAAAGCAUCACGCAGAAUCUAAUAUGAGACAAUUUUAAAUUAUAU